AUGUGGCUCUACCUGGUGGCCCUGGCGGGCCUGUGGUACCUCCUGCGCUUGUACAGGGAGAGGCAGGUGGUGAGCCACCUCCAUGACAAGUAUGUCUUCAUCACGGGCUGCAACUCAGGCUUUGGGAACCUGCUGGCCAGGCAACUGGACAUGAGGGGCAUGAGGGUGCUGGCUGCAUGUCUGACUGAGGAGGGGGCUGAGCAGCUGAGGAAGAAGACGUCAGACAGGCUGGAGACUGUGAUCCUUGAUGUCACCAAGACAGAGAGCAUUGCUGCAGCCACCCAGUGGGUGAAGGAAUGUGUUGGGGAUGAAGGCCUCUGGGGCCUGGUAAAUAACGCUGGCAUCUGCAUCCCCAUGGCUCCCAAUGAGUGGCUGGACAAACUGAACUUUUCAAAAGUACUCAAUGUGAACUUGAUGGGGAUGAUCGAGGUGACUCUGAGCAUGCUGUUCUUAGUGAAGAAGGCAAAGGGCCGUGUGGUCAACGUUUAGGCCUUGGGACGGGUGUCCCUCCUUGGUGGUGGUUACUGCAUUUCCAAGUAUGGCGUAGAGGCCUUUUCGGACUCCCUCAGGAGGGAGCUCUCCUAUUUUGGAAUGAAAGUGGCCAUAAUAGAGCCUGGAACAUUCAAGACCAGUGUAGCUAAUGAGAGAUUAUUACUCAGCAUAAAGGAGCUGUGGGACAAGGCCAGCUUAGAAGUGAGAGAGGCUUAUGGAGAGACAUUUCUGGAAUUCUGCCUAACAAAUGGAGUAUCAUGGUACCAAAAGUGCACAGAGGACCUGUCCUUGGUGACAGAUUGCAUGGAGCAUGCACUGACUUCUUGUCAUCCCCGCACCCGGUACUCACCUGGCUGGAAUGCCAAGCUCUUCUACCUCCCCAUGAGCUAUCUGCCCACCUUCCUCGUGGAUGCCAUGGUAUACUGGGUCUCCCCAAAGCCCACCAGGGCUCUGUGAAGCACACACGUGCCUGUAUGGUUGGGAGAAUAUGGAUACAUUGUGAGUGAGGGGUUUCCUUGGUGAAGGAGAGUAGAGUG